CCUCCAAGCAAGUCUUGGUAACUGCAGUGCCAAUGGCAGCAUGAGAGCUAUCGAGACAAACUGAUGGCCUCUAGUUGUUUAUGAAAUAAAAGUGACUUGGAGUAUUAAAAAGAGUUUGGAAAUGCCGAACGAUCUUCCGCAAAAGGAGAACACUCUUUUCAAGAGAGUUUUGCGUUGCUAUGAACAAAAGCAAUACAAAAAUGGACUCAAGUUUUGUAAACAAAUCUUGAGUAACCCAAAGUUUGAAGAACAUGGAGAGACUUUGGCCAUGAAAGGAUUGACUUUGAACUGUCUUGGAAGGAAAGAAGAGGCCUAUAACUAUGUUAGGCGAGGACUGAAAAAUGAUCUUAAGAGUCAUGUUUGUUGGCAUGUUUUUGGGUUGCUGCAAAGAUCAGACAGAAAAUAUGAUGAGGCAAUUAAAUGUUAUAGGAAUGCUCUAAGGUGGGAAAAGGACAAUAUCCAAAUUCUCAGAGACCUGUCUCUGCUACAAAUUCAGAUGCGCGAUUUAGAUGGAUUCAGGGAUACGCGAUAUAAAUUGCUGAAGUUAAGGCCAGUGCAAAGGCAAUCUUGGAUAGGCUAUUCUGUCUCAUAUUUUCUACUUGGUGGGUAUGACAUGGCAUACUCUAUCAUGGAUGAGUUUAGGAAGACUCAGUACCCAGAGAAUCAGGUAAAGACCAGUCAUGAUUUUGAGCAUAGUGAAAUGCUUUUAUAUCAAAAUAUGAUUUUAAGAGAAAGUGGAAAGAAGAAGGAGGCUUUGCAGCAUUUGAAUGAUUAUUCAAAAUUUAUAACUGACAAGCUACAAGUGAAAGAGCUACAAGCUUCCUUGCACAUGGAACUUGAUCAAUUGAAAGAGGCAGAAGAAAUUUAUAGAGGCCUGUUGAAAAGAAAUCCAGAGAACUGGUUUUAUUACAGGAAAAUUGAAGAAUGUCUCAAAUUAGACUCAGAGGAAGAUAGAUGGAAACUGUGUCUUGAAUACAGCAAACGGUACCCAAGCACUGAGGCACCCAAGAGGAUACCUCUUAAUUUUACUACAGGCGAAUCUUUAAAGACGUUGGCUGACAGCUAUUUGCGAAAAGCACUAAGGAAGGGAGUUCCAUCCUUAUUUGUAAACAUGCGUACCCUUUACGGUGACAAAUCAAAGGUUGAAAUUCUUGAAAACCUUUUGUCGAGCUACGAGAAAAACUUGACAUUGCACAAUUCGUUUGAAGAAUGUGGCGAGGUGAAAGAAGACCCUUCAGUUUUACUGUGGACAUACUUUUUUAUUGCGCAACAUCAUGAUCAGCUGAGAAGAACCGACCUUGCAUUAGAAUACAUAGACAAAGUUUUGCAGCACACCCCUACGCUAAUAGAAGGAUACAUGGUUAAAGCCAAAAUAUUCAAGCACGCAGGAUGCAUAGACGAAGCCAUGAAAUGGAUAGACGAAGGACGAACACUAGACACAGCCGAUCGCUAUGUUAAUUCAAAAUGUGCCAAAUACCUCCUCAGGGCAAAUCAAGUUAAAAAGGCUGAAGAAAUAUGUGGUCUAUUUACAAGGGAAGGUGCGUCGCCUGCAGACAACUUAGACGAAAUGCAAUGUAUGUGGUUUCAAACGGAAUGUGCCUUGGCGCACAAACGAACUCGGAACAUCGGUGAAGCACUGAAGAAAUGUCAUCAGAUAGAUCGGAAUUUCUCUGAAAUUAUUGAAGAUCAAUUCGAUUUUCACACGUAUUGUAUGAGGAAAGUCACUCUCUGUGCAUACGUCAAGUUACUACGCUUAGAAGAUGUUUUGAGAAGUCAUCCUUUUUACUUCAAAGCUGCAAAGAUCGCUAUAGAGCUGUACAUAGGGCUGCACGACAAACCAUACGAGGAGAAGAACGAAGAUGAUAAUUUAAACAAAGGAAACCUGUCUGCUAAAGAGCUGAAGAAACUGAAAAGCAAGAAGAGAAGAGCCGAGAAGAAAGCCCAAGCCCAAGAGGAAGAUAAGAAAGGAGCAGACAUCAAAGAAAGCAAGGAAAGCGAAAAGAAAGAAGAGAAGAAAGAAAGAUUCGAUGCAAAGGCCCUUGUGAUGACUGAAAAGCCUUUGGAAGAAGCAAUCAAGCUUUUGAAUCACCUUCAGUUGCUUGCUAAAGACAGGAUAGAAACACACCUCAUGGCUUAUGAGAUAUACGAACGCAAACGAAAACCAUUGCUGAUGCUUCAGGCCAUCAAGCGUGCAUACAGCUUAGAUACAGAGAACCCAAAGCUCCAUGAAUGCAUAGUGAGAUUUGCGAAAACAAUUGCUGAUGCUCGACCAAGCCUAUCCAAGAUCGUUCUCUCCGUGCUUGACAGGGGAAUUCCAAGCUUCUUAGUCAAUGUUGAUUUGCAGAGUUAUAAUUUGCAGUUUCAUCAAAGGCACAAGAGUUCAUUGAUCAGUCAAAUUUCUGUGUCCAAAAUGAUGUACUACCUGGAUAGUUCAAAGAAGGAAGAGGCCGCCAAAUUAAUUGUUGACAUGCCAGAAGAAUUAGAAGAUAUUACCUUAGAGAACUGUAUCAUUGCCUACGACACAAUAGAAGACGGGCAUCUAGGCGACUGUGCUCUGUUACUGCAGCAGUUUAGACAGAAGUUGUCUGCAAUGUUCCCGCUCGCGACGAGGUUCCGAUGCAUAGAAGACAAUGAAGAUGCAUCAGCAACUUCGAAUCAUGUCGAUCAUGGAGAUAAAGCAGUGGGGAAACUAACCAAUGGGCCUGCGAGUGAGAACAACAUUGCAGGUUUCGAUGAAAUGGCAGAUUAAAUUUUCUUUCUAUACUUUGAACGAAAUCUUGUUCUCGUCCUCGGGGCAAAUGGAUGGGCCUUAACCCAUUAUGAAGUCUCAAGAAAAAUGAAUGACCUAUUCUGCAGGUAAGGAAUAAGGGAUGACUGUGCUUAUUUCAGAAAAUAAGAGACAGGAAAGACAUUUUUAUUUGUACUGCAAUGGAUUUUCUAGACGUGUGUGUAAUAAUUUUGGAAAUCCACAGCGUUGAAAAGAAUUGAAUUGUUCUGAACAGCCCGGUCAUGGAGCAAAUUUGCUAGUGCUGUAUGUAAUUUUAUCUUGAGAGUUGUUUUGUGAUUUAUUGAUUAUAUACGAGUAUAUAGAAGACUUUAAAGAUUUCAUCUUUCGUGGCCUGAAUUUCAUUUAUUUACAGUCGCCAUUUUGUUAUUUUUUACGCAAGUCUCUCGUAGGUUCUGUCUAGGCAUGACUCGUAUUAGAGAGGGGUAGAUUUUGGUAAAGAUUGAUUUUUUAACGAAUACAUUUUUUACUCAGCCAUUUCGUUCAAUAAACAGAUGUAAUAUGCCUCUCUAUGUUUCACGUCCUCGCGUUAGUCAAUAGAUCCCUUAGUGUGAAGCGUAAAUAAGUUCGUUUUUCGAAGCAUCUAUUGUCAGCCAUGGUGCUUUUCUUAAGGUGAUGAUAUUGUCAUUUCUGCUCAUUGCGUAUAUGUUAGGCUCUUUCCAUCCCUGUGAUGUGAUCAGGAAUAUGAGGACUUUUACCUUCAGCUGCCUCGUGUAUCGUAUUCUUGUUGUGUAAAGUUUUCUGCAAGUAUAUGGUUCAGAUUGCUAUGAAAAUGUCAGCCGAUAAA